CUCAUGCCCGUAUCAACACUGAGACCUGUCGUAUAUUCACAAACACACACUCCCUCUCAACUUAAUGACAUAGGAUCUAAGCGGGUGCGCGGAUCACGUCUCCGGGGUCGCGCAGCAGCGUCGUCGCACAGGCAGGUGAUGGAAUAGAUGAUGUCAGAAGUUCAGGGUACUGUGGAGUUCUCGGUGGAGUUACACAAGUUUCACAAUGUGGAUCUCUUCCAGAGAGGCUUCUAUCAGGUGAGAGCGAGUUUGUGGGUGUCACCUCGAGUCCCUCACAGAGUCAUAGCCACAACACCUGGAUAUACAGGCGAGUGCAGUUUCAUCACCGCCGGGGUUCACGAUGGAGCGGUCUUUAGUCGGAUAUUUCAAAUCCUCUACAGGAAUGAAGAGGUGACCCUGGAAGACCGCAUGAACUUUAGAGUUCAUCUGCUGCUGGAUGGAGAGAAGGUAGAGGAGGCCAUGAGCGAGGUGGACGUCCAGCUCAAAUUAGAUCUGCACUUCACAGACAAUGAACAGCAGUUGGCAGAUAUCUCCUCUGUUCCUCUGAUUAGCAGCAGGACGUUGGGUCUUCACUUUCAUCCACACCACGGCCUUCACCAUCAUCUGCCCGUCAUGUUCGAUUACUUCCACCUGUCUGUGAUCUCCGUCUCCAUUCACGCCGCCCUGGUGGCGCUGCACCAGCCGUUGAUCAGUUUUGCACGGAGCGGUAAGGGGGCGUGGCUAGGUAAAGGCUCUCCGGAGACAGAGGCCCCGCCUUCUAUGAUGUCAGUGGAGAAUCUGAUGUUUGGGGCAGGAUAUUGCAAACCUGUUCCAACAGAGGGCAGUUUUUAUGUCCCAUCGGAGAACUGUCUUCAGAGAGCUUACACGUGGCACAGACACAUCUGUAAACUGUUGCUGGCCGCUCACAGAGGUCUGCGCUCGUAUUACACGGCACUAAUGAAGGAGAUUCCUCAACUCCAACGCAUAGAAACGGAGGACCUUCACGUUGAAGAAACUUUAAACCAGCUCACAGCUAAACUGCAGUUACAGGGUGGUCAUGAGAAAGUAGCAGAAGAGAUCAGUAAAGAUCUGAACCAGCUCUGUGCUCAGCUGUCUGCUGUUUGGACUCGGUUUUUGGAAGCUACGGUUCCUAAUCCACAUAUCCGCUCCUAUCUGGCCCAGGAACACCACACGCUCAGGGUCCGGAGGUUUUCUGAAGGUUACUUUUUCACUGAACAUCUGAAAGAGACUUCACUCACAUUUCAGGAGGAAUUGAUCAACAGGCAUGCGCAGGUGGCCGCAGACAUGCGUAACUCGGAUUAUCUGCUCCGAAUGCCUCCCUUGCCCGUGGAAUGUCUGGACAUUGAUGGAGACUGGAGCAGCUUGCCGAUCAUCUUCGAGGACCGAUACGUGGACACGCCCUGUUUAGACUAUACUACUCAUGUGCAGAAUCAGGUAUUUCAGACAUCACCUGAGAUGAACAGGAUAGAAAACCAGACCACGUGUGUGGUCGAGGGGACAAAAGACAAUUAUACACCAGCAAAACCCCUUAGUGGAGAUUACAUGGACCGUAAGGAGACCGGAGCUGAAGAAGAGGCUGUGAUUGGCUGUGAUAUUGACAGAAACAAACAUGUCAUGACUCGGUCUGGUUCAAGAAUUGAGGCUAUCGAUGAAGUCACGUGCUAUUAUGAAAAUGAGGAAAUAGACUCGAUGUCUGUGGAUGGCAUUGAUGCAAUAGUUAUCGAAGAAAAAACUGAAACAAACUAUGAAAAUGCAUUCGCUAAAUCUGACUUGAAACAAACUAUUGUACACAGUAAUGCCGACGUGCAAAUCAUACCAACGGAUGCUGACCUCACCAGCCCUGACAGCUUUGAGUUCCUGCCCGCUCAUAACCAACUAGAAACACCAAGCAAUACUGGGAACGACGACCUACAAUCAGUAUUAAAUGACAGAUAUAUCGAAGCGCCCGCAAAGGAUUCUGGGAUUAUAUACACAGCACCAGCGAAUCUAGCCACUCCCCCUUCUCGAAACACUUUACAACAGAUCCGCCGCCUGUCCGAGACUCCGCCCAGGGGCGUGUUCACGAGCGGGUCUAAGCUGAUGAACCGUUCCUCCUCUGUGAUCUCAGAUUCUGGCAUCGAAAGCGAGCCAAGCUCCGUGGCCUGGACUCUGGAGGGUCGAGGUGGGGUCACAGUGGGCCGGGAUGUCUUGGCACGGUGCCGGACGGCACACCAGAGCUCCUUGGAGGGCCUACAGACGGAAAGUCACGGCAGCAUACCGAGUGUCACGCAGGCGUCUCUGACCUCCAUAAGCUCCUUGCCGUAUGAGGAGGAUGAGGAAAGGCAGCUUAACACUUUGACAAAAUCUGCUUCGGCACCGCAGAUCAGCAGCCGCGAUGACACGGAGGGAACGCAGGAUCAAACAUCCGAUCAGGAAUCUGAUACAAAUUUCCUGCCAGCAACAUUCCUAUACCAGCAAUUUGUGACAGACGGCGGUGUUGAAAAGGUUUCGGAUGAAUGUCUUGUGCGUGAAAACCCAGAGCUUUGCACCUGUGAUGAUGAACACAAGGUGGUGCUAGAGUUGAAUACAUACGAAAAAGACAACGAUGAAAUCAGCGUUCAUCAGAUUCAAUUGAACAAUGCAAGUACAGAUAAUUUCUCGGAUUUAACGAUUGAUGGUGAGACAACCAAUGAGAAAGAAAGGCCCAGUGACCUCAUUGAACUUCCAGCCAAUGAGAGAGAGCAGCUGGCAGUAGAGGGACAAAGCAGAGUCGAUAAAACGUCCAGUUUAGGUCUGGCAUUUGUGAAUAAAAAGGUGGUGGAGGUCGUGAACCUGUCGGUUUCGUGCGCUCCCACGUGUCUGCCCUUCUCAUCGGUACUCCGCGAUUCGCCAUCGGUCGGUGGGUUGUCCUCACGCCAGGCCACCUCACCCAUUACCCAUCAACCCCUGGGAUCCUUUGGGAUUAUCUCCUCUUCCUCCUCCUCGGAUGCUGAAUUGGAAAUAAAUGAGAGGAUGCUUAACUUUUAUAAAGCAAAAGAAGCCCUGCUGAUGGAGCUGAUGUUCAGAGGAUGUCUCUAUAGUGAUCAACCCUUCCUCGCCUCUGACCAUCCAUACUUCCCACCAGAAGAGGACGACACAGAGUUUGAGGACGGGAUACAUCUUGUGGUGUGUGUCCAUGGACUCGAUGGUAACAGCGCAGACCUGAGGCUCGUCAAAACAUUUAUUGAGCUCGGCCUGCCGGGAUCCAGACUUGACUUUCUCAUGUCUGAACGCAACCAGACGGACACGUUUGCUGAUUUUGACACCAUGACUGACAGACUGAUGGAUGAGAUCAUUCAACACAUUCAGCUGUAUAACCUCACAAUCCACCGAAUCAGUUUUAUUGGACAUUCUCUGGGGAACGUCAUCAUUCGAUCUGUGCUGACCAAACCCAGAUUUCGCUGUUACCUGUGUAAACUUCACACCUUCCUCUCAUUGUCUGGACCUCAUCUGGGUACACUGUACAACAACAGCACGCUGGUCAGCACAGGUUUGUGGCUGAUGCAGAAGUUGAAGAAGUCCGGCUCUCUCCUGCAGCUCACGUUCAGAGAUCACAUCGACCCAAGGCAGACCUUCCUCUACACGCUCAGCAAGAAACCAGGUCUCCAGUACUUUAAGAACGUGGUGUUGGUGGCUUCCCCACAAGACCGAUAUGUUCCUUUCCACUCGGCCCGCAUUGAAAUGUGUCGGACCGCCCUUAAAGACAGAACCACAGGUCCAGUAUACCGAGAGAUGAUCGAUAACUUACUCCAGCCAUUGCUGAACGCUCCAAACUGUCGUCUGAUCAGACAAAACGUGUUUCACGCCUUACCCAACACGGCUAACACACUGAUCGGACGCGCGGCUCACAUCGCAGUGCUAGAUUCUGAACUUUUUCUGGAGAAGUUUCUUCUGGUCACGGGACUCAACUACUUUAAAUAACCAAUCAAGACAUAAUUUAGAGGUAACGUCAUGUCUUGAGUUCUAGCCAAUCAGAUUACACUUCACAGGCAGAAUAAGAGUUCAUUUCAGAGAUACGCUAUCCUCGGCUCUGGAAUUUUUCAAUAAGUUCAAUCUGUGAACGCAAGAAAUAGAAAUUAAAGAUUCAGAUCACGAAUCUGAACGUAUAUCUGUAAAAUCUGUACAGAAAUAAACAUCGAAUACAUAGUAAAGAGUGAUAAUGAACAGCAGGAGGCCUAUAGACGCAUAAAAUGAUGUAGUAACUCAAUGUUAAAUAUUAUAUCUGAAGGGUAAAUCGUCAGAUGAAUGUAAAUGUCAUUUGAAUGUAAGUGUGUAGCAGAUAUUGUAAGAAGAGCUUUGAGUCAUUAUCAGUAAUCCUACACUAUAUGCGGUGUAUUUGCUGUUGCAUUCAUUACUUGAAGAGGUAGAUAUCACUGGACUGUAAUACUUGAAAAGAAAAAAUCCAACUGUUCUCUAGACAUACAGUAUUGUGCAAAAGUCUUAGGCCACCAUGCAACCAUUCGAUUUGUGGUUUUUGCAAUGGUAUGGUGAUCAUAUUUAAUUAUUUCCCAGUCUCCUUAUUAGAAUACAACCAGAAAAUACUGGAUUUUUCAGAAACAAAAUACAAUUAUAAGCUAAAUUGUAAUUAUUGUGAUCUCCUCUUACCGUGCAUUCCCACCAGACGCAUUAGGAGUGACAAAAACACGUUAUUUGCGCGUAGUUGGACACUUGAACAUUUUGAGUUUUCUCGCUUCAUUAACGUGUGAAAGACGCGCAUGAAAUUAUAGUCAUUCGGGACAUUCACGCGGAUAUUCGCGUCAUGGGAGGGGCUUCUGCGACUCUGCUCGGUGACUACUAGAGCAAGCUCCUGAUUGGUUAAAGCAGCGUGUUUUUCCGCCAAAGUUCAGAUUUUUCAACUUGCGCAUUUCUUGCGACAACGCACAACUCACGUAAUUCCUGCGAACUAGACGCGAAUGAGGCGGAUUAGCGUCUACCGCGCCGUGCUUAACGCCUCAUUUGCGCGCGUGACCUCCAGAAGCACGUUAACGCGUCUUUCCAUUGACUCAACAUUAAAAUCACUCACACUUGACGCCUCAACGGCUGGUGUGAACGCAGCAUUACAUUUAAACAAAAGCAGGAACAUGCAGGCUCUCUUAAACCUAAAUUAAAUGACUUCAGUCUCCUCAAAAGAGUUCAAGAUGUGUUUAGUGCCAAAAGAGGUCAGACUAAAUAUUAACUUGUUUUACCUGAAGAAAACAUUUUGUUUGUUUGAAUGGGUGCAUGCUCAUUCAGCCUGCCACCAGGUGGGACCCACUCCAAGGCUGGAGUAUGGACACUUACAUCCUGUUUGUUGCGUAUUUAAGCCAUGCCUUUUCAAAAUCACAUUGCGAAGUAUUGUCAUUUUAAAGGCGUAGCAUUGUUCACUGUUUAUUGUCCAUGUCCCUUGUAAUAACUAUUGUGCCUGUUGUAUUGGAUUAGUGUUUUGGAUUACCCUUGUUGCCAAGUUGGACAGUCUUAUGCUGCAUUUACACCAACCGCGGUAAGGGCGUGAAGCGCGAGUGAUUUCAAUGUUCAGUCAAUGUGAAGACGCGUUAACGCGCGUCAGGAGGUCCCGCGGCGCGGAAGAGGCGUUCGGCGCAGAGCGGAAGAUGCGUUUCCGCCUCAUUCGCGCGUGAAGCUCGCGCAAAUUUAGCGUUGUGCGCGGUACGCGCGAAUGGUGCUUUUGUGCAUUUUCGGAUCACGCGAAUUUACGGCUGACGCCCGAGUUGAAAAAUUUGAACUUUGGCGGAAUUUCGCACCGCGUUAACCAAUCAGGAGCCUGCCUUUCCCCAUAGUAAGGUUACCCAAUACAAAACUGGUAACUCUCUUGAUAAAUGCACAAGUAAAAUCAGUCAUCUUGCAAACAGACACUGGCACAGCAAUUGCCCCUCCCACAAGAAGCGGAUUUUGCUUCGGACGCGCGUCAAAUGCUUGCUUUUUCCGCGCGUCUACUCCGCUCUACACGCGCGAAUGCAUCCAAAUUGUUCAAGCGGCAAACCACGCGCGGUAGACGCGAUUUUGACGCCCAAACCGCGUUUGGUGUAAACUCAGCAUUACUGGAUUGAUCUGCCUGCUCUUCGACUACGUUUCAUUGCCUGCUUAUUUGGAUUGUUUUUAAUAAAAACAUCAGGGCAAACAAUUUCAUAUUUCCUGUAUUGUGUGUUUGUAUUUAAAUAAAGAGACCUGAUAUUCAUUAAAACUUUGCUUAAACUACAAAGCUUGCAGUGACCUACAAUUUUUGCACAAUACUGUACAAGUUUGCCAUUACGAGAACCCCCCCCACAAAAAAAUGUUUUGACAAGUAUUUUUUUCUACAAAAUCUUUUUUUUUUUUUUUCUGUGUAUUUCCACAGCGUCAUGUUGCAAAGUGAGAAUGUUACUGUGAAACAAGCCAAAUCCAUAGUGUUUAAUGUAGUGAUGUAAAAUAUAUUCUGUACGCUUUCCUCGUGACAGUGUUCAUUAGGUGCACAUGAAUGAUAUGAAUGUUUACCAUAUGCAGCCUUAAUUCUCAAAGUGUAGUUCAAUAUAACACACAUUCAGUUGUGUCUUCAAAAAUAAGACACAUUCAGACACAUUCAGUUGGAUCAUUUCAAUAAUGUCAUGCCAAUUUUCAUAUCCAAUUCUUGUAUUAACUCUUUCCCUGCCAUUGACAAGUUAUCCCCUCAAUUAAGAGAAAACGCUUCCCUGCUAAUGACGAGUUUUUACUGCAAUCAAUAUUUGCGCUAUUAUCCACUAGUUGGCGCUCUUACCCGACUUAUAAAACACUAAAGCAUCCACUGAUCUAAAACCAAUAAAAACUCUCUGUAUGUUUUGAUCAUCAUUCUGAAUCUGAUCUUUAACAAAAGUCCUUUACAAAAAUAGAAUUAUCUUAGCUUUUUGGUAUUUUUGAAAAAACCUACCCAUAUUUGAGAGGUUAUGAAAAGAACAAAUGAAGAUAGGAUGAUUUUUUCAUUUAGUUGUUUGAAAGCAGAGGGUCUGUUCUUUUUAUUUUAUAUGUUGUAUGCUUACAUAUUUAAAGAAGAACAUUUAACCUUUAAAAAUUUAAAGAAGGCAUUCAACUUAAAAAAUAAAUGCUGGCAGGGAAAGAGUUAAACAACACAACAAAACAUUGUUUUUAAAGUGAUAAUCACAUUCACAAUUGGUUGGGGCAAAAUGAAUAGUAAAAGGGUGUGGUUAUGCCACUAUCAUCUCUAGAAAAAGUUUUUAUCUCAUGUUUUUUUUUUUUGCUUUUUCUUAAAAAAUGUUGAGCAAUAACAAAAAAUUAUUUGUGGUUUGCUAAGGCAGGUGUUACUAUAACUAUUGUUGAACAAAACCCCAACCUAUAGGUUUUAAAUAGUGAUAGACCGAUAUAUUGCAGUGGUUGAUAUUUGGAUUUUUUUUAUCUGCUUCUGCAAAUUUUUGUGUUACUUAAAUUUGUUGUUUGUAAUGAAAAGACACUCAGAUGUUAA